AUGGAUUUUAGUUCAAAUAAUUUAUCAGGUUUAGUGCCAUUGUUCCCUUCAACCUUGACAUCAUUGCACCUCUCCAAAAACAAAUUUGUCGGGUCAAUUUCUUUCCUUUGCAAAAUAGUCAAUCCUUGGUUCAGCUCCAUUGACCUCUCAGAUAACCUACUAUCAGGAGAACUUCCCAAUUGUUUAAUGGGAUUUGAGGAACUAGUCAUUCUUAAUUUAGCCAACAACAUUUUAUAUGGUAAAAUUCCCAGUUCUAUUGGUUAUUUAUUUUCUAUAAGAUCUCUACAGCUGCGGAACAAUAAUUUUACUGGUGCUCUACCUACCUUUUUGAAGGACUGCAGAGAAAUGAAAAUCUUGGACGUGGGGCGGAAUAAGUUAAGUGGAGAAAUUCCAUCAUGGGUUGGCUCAGAUUUAACAAACUUGGCUGUCUUAAGUUUGAGAGUCAACGAGUUCAAUGGAAAGAUACCUCCAAAUUUGUGUCAUUUGAAUCAAGUCCUUAUUUUGGAUCUUUCUCAAAAUAUCUUAUCAGGAGAAAUCCCUCGAUGUAUCAACAAUAUCACAUCUUUGCUUCAGAAUAAUAGUUUAGACUCCAUGAUUAUUUUUUAUUUGGGUGGAAAGGAUGAAAUCUUUUACUCUGCUGCUGAUGAAUACAUGGGGGGUGUAUUAGUUCAAUGGAAAAGCAGUGAAUCUGUGUACAAUAAGACACUCGGGUUGUCGAAGAUCAUCGAUUUUUCUAGUAACCAGUAA